CUUUGUGUGUUGAAAAUGAUGUUUACACCACUUCUUUGUAAUUUUGCCUGGCAUUCGGUUGAUAAGAAGUCAUUAUUCUCCCAGGAUGAUCGCAUGACGGCUGCUCGAUUGGCCAAUACAAUGUGGACUUCCAUGAAAGGCAGACCUGUUCAGGGUCGCAUUUUUCAAGGGAAGGAGCCACCGCAAUUCAUUGCACUCUUUCAGCCCAUGGUUGUUUUGAAGGGUGGUCUGAGCACAGGUUACAAGAAGUCAGUGGAAGAGCAGAAUGUUAAAGAUGAAACCUAUGCCUCUGAUGGCAUUGCAUUAAUUCGUGUGUCUGGUACUUCAGUUCAUAAUAAUAAAGCAGUUCAGGUUGAUGCGGUUGCAGCAUCUUUAAAUUCCUAUGACUGCUUUCUUCUGCAAUCUGGAAAUACACUCUUUAUAUGGCAAGGAACAUCAAGCACGUUUGAGCAACAUCAGUGGGCCACAAACAUUGCAGAAUUUUUGAAGCCUGGGGCUGGAUUUAAACAUGCAAAGGAGGGAACAGAGAGCUCUGCUUUUUGGUUCACUCUUGGAGGAAAACAAAGUUUCUCCAGCAAUAAAGUUACAACAGAUAUUGUCAGAGAUCCCCAUUUGUACACGUUCUCCUUCAACAAGGAAAAAUUAGAGGUCUCUGAAGUUUUCAACUUUGUGCAAGAUGAUCUGCUAAGUGAGGAUAUGUUGAUACUUGAUACUCAUUCUGAGGUUUUUAUUUGGAUUGGUCAGUGUGUAGAAACAAAGGACAAACAAAAGGCAUUUGACAUAGGCCAGAAAUACAUAGAGCUUGCAAUGUGCUUAGAAGGUCUAGCUUCAGAUGUGCCCCUUUACAAAGUCACGGAGGGUAAUGAGCCCUGCUUCUUUACGGCAUAUUUCUCCUGGGAUAGCGCUAAGGCUGCUGCCCAUGGGAAUUCUUUUGAGAAGAAACUUGCAAUCUUGUUCGGGACAAUUUUUCACGCUUCAGAGUCUAAGGAUAAAUCAAACAAUGCAAGUCAAAGUGGACCCACUCAGAGGGCAUCAGCUUUAGCAGCACUCUCUUCUGCAUUUAAUCCUCAUUCCCAAUCAAAGCCUACCAACCCAAUUCCAGCCCGUUCAACUAAGGGUAGUUCUCAAAGAGCAGCUGCAGUUGCUGCCUUGUCUUCUGUUCUAACAGCUGAACAAAAGAAAGCACAAGUUGAAGGAUCUGCUCGCCGAUUUGGCAGAAAUUCACCCCCUGAUUCAAAUGCUACUGGAUCAUUCAAGGAAGAGACAGCAAGCUCUGUGGUAUGGGAUCCUGCGGAAGACUCGGCAGAAAAUGCUGAUGUAUCACAGAGCAAUGAUGUGAAUUCAGAGGAGAACCAGGACACCGUCGUAGGAGAAAAUGCUGAUGAAAACACGUAUAGUUACGAACGACUGAAAGCCAAAUCCAGGAAGCCGGUUACUGGAAUCGACUACAAACAGAGAGAGGCUUAUCUAUCUGAUGAGGAAUUCCAAACUGUUUUUGGGAUGACAAAACAAGCAUUCUAUCAACAGCCAAAGUGGAAGCAGGACAUGCAAAAAAGAAAGUUUGAUCUCUUUUGAUCCCAAGUAUUUCAACCAUAUUUUCUACUACUCGUUUAAGUUUAUAUAUUUCUUGUUCUUCCUUGCUGCAUCUGUUGUGUCUCUUGCUGUUUGUUGAUUGCUUCUGCUAGUUUGCUGGAGUGAUUUUCGCAGCUUUACAUGCAUUCUUUCAUUUGUAAAUGAGCAUUCAAGCUUGGUUGCUCAGGGUUCUGGGCUUGCCUGCUUUGUUCUUGUAAAGGUUCCCUAUGUAUAUUUUGGGUGUUGCAUAUGGGCUACCUGUUGUUGAAUGUAGGCAUAUACAUAUUGUGUGCCACAUCUAACUAUACAUUGUAAUAUUGCUUAAAUUAUUGCUAGUUAUCUGCCUCUCAAGGUUGAUGUAUGAUCAA